CAGCAGGGAGCACAGUAGUUAGAGGAAAGAAGCCAACCAAUGAAAUCUCCCCAAAAGAAGUGCUUAGCAGUCACUCCACAGGCAUCUUUCAUAGAUAUUGUGUGUGUUGUGUAUUGUAGGGAGCUGGCAGAGGGUAGAAGGCAUCGAGGGAUACAAUCCUUGCUAAAAGGACCCAGGGAUACAAGAAUUGGAAUGGAAGCCCCAUCACGCAGUUGAGAAUGAAUGAGGUAAUACAUGGAGAGGACCAAGCAUCUAGUACAUCUCCUGUGAACACUAGAAGAUUCCCAAGAUGGAAACUUUGUCUUUCCCAAGAUACAAUGUAGCUGAGAUUGUGAUUCAUGUUCGCAACAAAAUCUUAACAGGAUCUGAUGGUAAAAAUCUCUCCAAGAAUGAUCUUCAUCCAAAUCCAAAGCCUGAAGUCUUGCACAUGAUCUACAUGAGAGCCUUACAAAUAGUAUAUGGAAUUCGACUGGAGCAUUUUUGCAUGAUGCCAGUGAACUCUGAAGUCACGUAUCCGCAUAUAAUGGAGGGCUUCUUACCAGUCAGCAAUUUAUUUAUUCAUCUGGACUCUUUCAUGCCCAUCUGUCGAGUGAAUGACUUUGAGAUUGCUGAUAUUCUAUAUCCAAAAGCAAAACGGACAAGUCGGUUUUUAAGUGGCAUAAUCAACUUUAUUCACUUCAGAGAAGCCUGCCGUGAGACAUAUAUGGAAUUUCUUUGGCAAUAUAAAUCAUCUGUGGACAAAAUGCAGCAGUUAAAUACAGCACACCAGGAGGCACUAAUGAAAUUGGAGAGACUUGAUUCUGUUCCCGUUGAAGAGCAAGCAGAGUUCAAGCACCUUUCGGAUGAUAUUCAGGAGCUGCAGCAAUCGCUGAAUCAAGAGUUUCGUCAAAAAACGAUAGUGCUGCAAGAGGGAAAUUCUCAAAAGAAGUCUGAUAUUUCAGAGAAAACCAAACGUUUGAAUGAACUAAAAUUGUCAGUAGUUUCUUUGAAAGAAGUACAAGAGAAUUUGAAAGCAAAAAUUGUGGAUUCUCCAGAGAAGUUUAAGAAUUACAAAGAAAAAAUGAAAAAAACAGUCCAGAAACUUAAGAAUUCCAGGCAAGAAGUGAUGGAAAAGUAUGAAGUCUAUCGUGACUCAGUUGACUGCCUGCCUUCAUGUCAGCUGGAGGUGCAGCUGUACCAAAAGAAAGUACAGGACCUUGCAGACAACAGGGAAAAAUUAACCAGUAUCUUAAAGGAGAGCCUGAACUUGGAGGACCAAAUUGAGAGUGACGAGUCAGAAUUGAAGAAACUGAAGACUGAAGAAAGUUCGUUCAAAAGACUGAUGGUUGUGAAGAAGGAAAAACUUGCCGCAACACAAUUCAAAAUAAAUAAGAAGCAUGAGGAUGUCAAGCAGUACAAACGCACAGUGAUCGAAGACUGCAAUAAAGUUCAAGAAAAAAGAGGUGCUGUCUAUGAACGAGUAACCACAAUUAAUCAAGAAAUCCAAAAAAUUAAGUUUGGAAUUCAGCAACUAAAAGAUGCCACUGAAAGGGAGAAACUGAAGUCCCAGGAAAUAUUUCUAAAUUUGAAAGCUGCUUUGGAGAAAUACCAUGAAGGCAUUGAAAAGGCAGCGGAAGACUGUUCUGCUAAAAUAGAAGAGAAAACAGCUGAACUGAAGAAGAUGUUGUUCAGAAUGUCAACCUGAUAGCAAAAUUACGUCUUUUUGUAAAUAGCUUGCCAUCUUUUAAUUUUGUGCUUGGAAGGCGAGUAAUUAAACUGAGGUUAAUGGACAUAUCAGAAGUACCAAAUAAUGUUGGUCCAUUUUAUAUACUUCCCAUAGGUUAUUUCUUGUAACAUAAUGCAUUUCAUACAGAAUUUUAUUAGCUUAUAAUUAAAAUAGCUUGUGCGCUCUUCAUGUUUCAGCUCUGUCCCUCGUAAGUAGUGGAUGGACUAAAACAAAGAGUAGCAUUUGAAAUACAUGAUUUUUCCUGUUUCCAUGGCCACUGUUGCUUUGUUUGUCGGUGUGCAGGACAGUACAGCGCAGCUCUACAGAGCCCUGAGCGCACUGAGCACUGGCUUGGGAUCUCAUUGGAUCCUCGCUCAGGCAACUCUAGGUUCAAUAUGUUUAUUACCAUUUUAUAGGUGAAGGAAUGAUGAAGGUCCUGAAGGAUCAAAUAGCUGAGCCAAGAUUGGAGCCAUGUUCUGCGUGAUGCUGGUGUGAAACGUUCCUGUCGUGCCACACUUUCCACUGUAUUAUUUCAAAGAGAAAGUUUGAGUGUGGCAGUCUAGUUCUUCAGUGAUGCCAUGGCAUUUGUAUGAGGAAAAUGAGGUAAAAUGCACAAAGUGCUUAGAAAAGUGCCAUGGUAGACACUCAAUACAUACAUGGAAGUUCCAGAUAUGUUUUAUUUGUCAGAGAUAGUAAAGUAUUACUGGAAGAAGAGACCAGGAUUUCAGAGAGGAAAGAACAUCUGGAGAGGACGUGAUCGCCGACGACCUGUGAGCUGGGCCUCAGCCCCGGGAGGCUCCUCACCCCUCCCCUGACCUUGGAGUGUGGGUACUGUCUGCCUUCCCCACUCCUAGGGGCUGCCCUAAGGACACAGCCUGGAGACAGUAUGGCGGUGUCAAGGCCAUCUGGACUGUGUGCGUGACCGAACUCAGUUAAGGCCUCCAUAUAAGCUUAAAAUUUGGCAGGUGCUUGUGGAGAUCUAUUCAUCUUGCGGCCACCCAAGGCAAGCCUUGUAUGUAAGUUCCCUUGCUUAUUAAAAGUGCCCUUAGCAACCUGGGCUGGCCUGCCUCUUUCCUCAGUCUUUCCUGGCCCUAAGGGGCAGGUUUCAGAUCAUACCUAGGAAGCUUCCAAAGAGCUUGUGAGCCAACAUCCUGGAAGGGCAGGAGUGGAAAAAUCCUUGUGUCCAGCAAGAAAUCGGGUAUGAGAUGGAGCUGUUUCCUUUCUGGUCAGAAUUUUGGUCAGAAUUUUAAUGCCUAGAAAGAUCUGUUGAAUCCCUGGAAAGGUCUGGGUAACUGGUGUAAACAUGACCACACUUACAUUAAAAAAUAUUUAACCUCU